AUGGCUGGAACCUCCAAGCGUGGCGGGUUCCGAGGCGGCGGUAGUGGCGGUUUCAAGAAAGGUUCAAGCAAAAAACGGUCACCUGAGGAUGACAACGACACGCCUCAUAUGAGCAAGAAGGCAAAGGGUGACGAAGACGAGGACAAAGACGACACGCCCUUUGUUCCGAAGUUGCAGACUGAUGAAGACAAUAACGCUUUCGUCGCACUCAAUCAUAGUGGCAAACGACGUGUGACAGUCAGCGAAUUCAAAGGCAUGACGCUAGUCAGUAUUCGAGAGUAUUGGGCGAACGAUGGAGGUGAACUAAAGCCAGGCAAGAAGGGAAUAUCACUAUCUAUAGAACAGUAUAAUGCACUUCUCGCCGCGGCACCAUUGCUGGAGUCUGUUCUCGCCAAGAAAGACAUCCAGGCCACACGCCCACAAUACGGAGCUGAAGCAAACACCGCGGAGGAUCCUGAGGAUGAGACUGAUGGCCAUCAGCUAUCUGCUUCAAAAGCUAGCGACGACGAAGAUGGGGAGUGA